GUGGAGUCCUGCUCAAACCCUGGGUAGAUGAAACAUCCUCUUUCAAGUGGGGAAACUGCAGAAACUGUGAGAAAAAUCAUCAAUGAGAAUCACCUGUCAUUGAAAGUGGGAGGACACUUGACACUGUGGGAGAGUGCAAAGAACAGAGAGUGAUUGGCAGGAGGAGGAGAGUCUGACGGAGGAGCAGAGGAAUGUUGGCAGCCGUUUAGUCUGAGCUCAACAACGGAGGAAACAUGGAUUCUUCACAAAAAAAAUGUAAACACAGCAAUGGAGUGAGAUGUCGGAGCUCUGAGGAGGAUAAGGAUGGUUCGGCAACAACAGCAAAAAGAGAUGAAUCACUCAGUUGUGAGCAAUGUGGCAAGACUUUUAUCACAGCAACAAAGCUAAGAAUUCACAAACGCAUUCACACUGUGGACAAAUCAUUCAGCUGUGAUCAGUGUGGAAAGGCUUUUACUAAGAAGAGUAAUCUAACAAGUCAUCAACUCAUUCACAGUGGAGUAAAACCAUUCAGCUGUGAUCAGUGUGGAAAGGCUUUUACUCAGAAGAGUGAUCGAGCAAAACAUCAACUUAUUCACAGUGGAGUAAAACCAUUCAGCUGUGAUCAGUGUGGAAAGGCUUUUACUCGGAGGAGUACUCUAACAAAACAUCAACUCAUUCACAGUGGAGUUAAACCAUUCAACUGUGAUCAGUGUGGAAAGGCUUUUACUAAGAAGAGUCACUUAAAAAGACAUCAACUCAUUCACAGUGGAGUUAAACCAUUCAACUGUGAUCAGUGUGGAAAGGCUUUUACUCGGAAGAGUCACUUAAAAAGACAUCAACUCAUUCAUAGUGGAGUUAAACCAUUCAGCUGUGAUCAGUGUGGAAAGGCUUUUACUCAGCUGUUCUAUUUAAAGUCCCACCAACUCAUUCACGGUGAAGUUAAACCAUUCAGCUGUAAUCAGUGUGGAAAGGCUUUUACUCACAAGAGUCACUUAAAAAAACAUCAACUCACCCACGGUGGAGUGAAACAAUUCAACUGUGAUCAGUGUGGAAAGGCUUUUACUCGGAAGAGUCAUCUAACAAGUCAUCAACUCAUUCAUAGUGGAGUGAAAUUGUUCGGCUGUGAUCAGUGUGGAAAGGCUUUUACUCACAAGAGUCACUUAAAAAGUCAUCAACUUAUUCACAGUGGAGUGAAACCAUUCAACUGUGAUCAGUGUGGAAAGGCUUUUACUCGGAAGAGUCAGUUACAAAGUCAUCAACUCAUUCACAGUGGAGUUAAACCAUUCAACUGUGAUCAGUGUGUGAAAACCUUUACUCAACAUGAACAGUUGUUGAUCCAUCAAUGCCCCCAUUCUGGUAGAGAGCGGUACCACUGUGACUCCUGUGAAAAAACUUUCAAGCACCAACAGAACUUAAAAUGUCACCAACGCAUCCACACUGGACAUGAUGUGUAUGCAUGUGAUCACUGUGGCGAACUAUUUGUACGGUACUCACUGUUAAAAGCUCAUGAAGUGACCCACACUGGGGUUAAACCAUACCUUUGUGACCAGUGUGGGAAACGCUACAGCUCCACUGCAUACCUCAAAGUUCACCAACGUGUCCACACUGGACAUGAUGUGUAUGCAUGUGAUCACUGUGGCGAACCAUUUGUACGGUACUCACAGUUAAAAGCUCAUGAGGUGACCCACACUGGGGUUAAACCAUACCUUUGUGACCAGUGUGGGAAACGCUACAGCUACAUUGCAUGUCUCAAAAUUCACCAACGUGUCCACACUGGGGAGAGACCAUACAGAUGUGAUGAGUGUAAGAAGACUUUUACAACUUUGGGUUCCCUGAAACAACACCAACAGAUCCACACCAGAAAGAAAGCAUUCAAUCAGUGUCACAGUGAGCAGAACGGAACAGAUGGACAAAACUCUCAGACUUGUCAGCACUCUACCAAUGGUGAACAGUGCUGCUUUGACCGGUCUGGACCAACGUCCAACCAACAAGGAACCCUACAACGACACCAGCGUAUGCACACUGGACACAGACUGAACCCCUGCCAAGAAGAUUUCUCCAUGCAGGGUUCAGUAAAAGUUCAUGAAGUCCUCCACAAACUUAAAGUCCUUGAGAUCCGGCUUCACAGAAUUCAGGUCUAAUUUUUUGUUUAGUGUCUUCCUUGCAAAAUCCAUUAAGAGGAAAUCUGUGGUUAACAGACAUGACUGGUAAAUUAAUGAAACCAUUCAAAGUGGUGACUCAGUUAAAUGAAUUAUCAGUGGUAGAGGGACAGACGUCUGGAUGGAGGCAGUGAGCAGCAGGACGAAUUUCCUCAUCUAUCAAUCUCAUCAUCAUCUCAGGACACUAAUGAAGAAUCUGUAAUAUUGAACAAGUAGAUCAAAUAAUCUCUGAUUAUGUGUGAGUUGAAAUAUAAAAACAUGAAGUGUUCUAUGAAAAGUCCAAUCUUUGAAAGCUGACAUGUAGUUUAGAAUCAUUUCUUUGUAAAUUAGCUGCAUCCAGUCAUUACCAUGACAUUGGCAUCAUGGAAGCAUGACCACAUAUAUGUGUCUGGAGAUAGUGGCAUUUUUAUAACGGCACAUUUUCAUGCUUUGACAGAUACAGUGAGGGGAAAAAAGUUUUCAGACACCCUGAAAAUUUUUCCACAAUCUUAAAUAUCAUGAAAUAUUUGUUGAAAAGUCUUUUUUGUGUGUUUCUAAGGGUGUGGCUGCAUCAGACAGACACAAAUACAAAUGAUAUUUUUUGGUUUGUUGUUUACAAGAAAAACUAACAAAACUAAAUUCUACCAAAUUUCUCAUUUUAUGGAACCAGUGAGUUUUCAGUUUUUAAUGUGUUUUUAGGAUGUGUUUCGUUUUAUGAUUGUACUAAAAUAAAUGACUCUUGAAGACCUCAAAGUGAUUCUUAAUGCAGUAUUUCACAAAUGUAUGGGAUGUCCAGAAACUUUUUUCCACUGCUGUAUUUAACAGCAAUCUGAUCUGCUGAUGUUAGCAAGACAAACAAGUAAAGGUUUCAGGCUUUUAUCGAGAA